CGUCGCAGUGUCUCCCCUCGCUCACACAAACCGUGCUGCGGUCCGGUGUCAGAGGCAACACCAGUGAUCUCCGUGCGGGACGCCGUUAAGAGCAGAUGGAGACACUUCAAACGGCGAUCUCGAGCAGAGAGGACACCGGACCGUUAAAAAAGCCUCUGGAGCACUGCAAAAGUGACGAUCACAGCGAAACAAAUUAUGUAGACCUGGGCAACCCAUCGGACAUGAAGUCAGACAGCACAAAGACAGUAAAAGUCACAUUCACAGGCGAAGGGAAUCAGCUGGCAAUAUUCAAAUGUAAAGGCGAUGCAUCGAUCUCCGGGAUUAAGAGUCCUGGGGAGCGAGAGGAGACUGGAAAUGCUGAUAAAAGUUCAUCGAAAGAAUGUCACGCGGGGAAGGGACUUUAUGGAGAGCGCACUCCGCUGAUAGAUGAUUAUGUGGACGCAGGAACGGAUGCAAAAUCCGAAGAUGCUAAAUCUGCGUCGUAUGAAACGGAGGAGUUACAAUACACCGACAUGUACUUGAACAGUCGCUGCGAACCCCAGGACUGCACGAGCGUGGCGGACGUGGAGUCACACUACAUAACUACGCACGAGAUUCAGCUGACAGAGUUGGAUCACGAUGUGGAUUACGGGCUUGGACGCGGAUCCUGCUGGGAUUUCGAGGAUGAUAAUCUGGUGUAUUCAUUUGUUGACUACGCAUCAUUUGACAGCGACGAGACGACUCUCGGAAGAAUCCAAAGCAAGUCCAAGAGCAAUAAAGUUCCUCUAGCUUCACGCGCAGCGAAGCUUUCCGCCACAGGGGCUCUGGUCAGCACCGAGAGUGAACUUUGUGAAUCCGAUAAAUGUGCCAGCUCGGAUGAGGGCGCCGGACAGCUUGGAAAUUCAGCCGGACAUAUUCACCUGUCGAUCAAAACGUCUUCGCGCGCGGUCAACGAACCUGCCGGUCUGUUAGGACACAGGAAUGUCCGCUUUCACACCAGACGUGCCGGUGAGCGGAGUCAUUAUUCGUUUAAAAGCUCUGACUCCAAAAGUGAGACCAUGUUCGACCGCUACUUUAUCCCUCCUCCGGGUCGCCAGCACCUCGCGAGCAAACUGAGGGGAAAAGACAUCAACGAAUACUCCAGUGGCGCGUCCAGUUCCGUCAGCGAGCUGGACGAUGCUGAUAAAGAGGUGCGUAACCUCACCGCACGCUCCUUCCGGAGUUUGGCUUGCCCUUACUUUGAUGCCAUAAAUUUGAGCAGCUCGAGUGAGUCCUCAGUGUCAGAACACGGACUGAGUUUUAACAAAUGGUCCGCUUUCGUCGACUUGAAUUACGGCAAUUUGACACGUGAGGCGCACAAGAACUCUACGCCUGUUCUGGAGGGAAAUAAAAGCACAGAAUGUACGAACAUAAAAGACAUGGUUCAAACUGAUACACCUAGCCCUCAGACUAAAAUAGUGUCGCUGAAGAAUAAUUUGAACUCGCAGCAAGCGUCUAAGAAAAUAGAGUUACGAAGCAAACCGGGUGAAACUAUCAGACUUACUGAAACCUUGAACUUUAACUGUAACGUCGGAGAAGGGAUACCUGCGCGCGAGAGGCGCGCGAAACGCGCUCUGAAUGCCACAAUGUCACGUGCCACAGCUGACGUUACCGGAACCACGCCAGCCAAGGAGGGGUGUGAAGCAGAAAGCUCUUGCGGUGAGACCUCUGAAGAUGCCCACAAGAAAGCCAUCUUUGCCUCUAGUCUUUUGAAAAAUGUUAUUUCCAAGAAAAUGCAGUUUGAGCAAGAGCGUAAAAUGGAAAGAGGUGAAAUAAGCGACACAUAUCCCGUUCCACAAGUGUGCCCCCAUGCUAAGGAUUGCAAAGAGACUGUGAAGAGCUUGCAAAGCCAGAUUUCAGAAACCGCUUCGGAACACUCUCAAGAGGAGCUUAGUGAUGCAACAGACAGGCCGCAAGAGAAUCCGUGUUCCCUUGCUGCUGAGUCACCCUGUGACCCAGAAAUAACCUCUAAAUUAGACUCAAGCGGACCACUAAAGACUCCAUUGACCCCCAGCCAAAAGAGUGCUUUUAAAACCUGGAAAGAUGGAGAGCAGAAAGCACAAGGUGAUGGAGAAUCUCAGUGCGCACUGGAGGAGGAAUCGCCACUGCCAGACACCUCAAUAAGACCUGUGACUGAAAGCAGUGAAAGUGUUGAGGGCGAGAGUACCAAGAUGAUUAAGAUGUCUCACUUGUACGUCCCUAGCUCACAGCUUAUGCCUAAGGAAAAGGAAGCUGCCGGGCUUUCAUUACAUAAUCUGAAAGUGACUGGAGAUCUUGCAGAGUCAGAUGGGGGAGGGUGGGGAAAACUGAGCUCUGACCAGCUCUGUAGCCCUGCGGACACAAACCAAACCCCACCAUGUCAAAAAGCCCCUGAAAUCAAAAUACGCCUGCGAAGUGUUAAAGAAAACAAAGGCAGUCAGUUCAAUAUUACCAAUCUGUUAACGCCCAAUAUCCAUCACAACAUCAACGCUAAAAAGGCAAUGAGAGAAUCUAAAAGCCAUUUAUUGACCAUAUCAGACAAAGUGCCGCAUUUUAUGGUGAGGGAUAUUAGAGAUAGUAAAUGUAAGUUCCAGACACCUAUUCAUCAGGUUCGAGAUGUGCGCAAAUUGGUAAAAAGCUCAUAUCGGUUUGUAGCACUAGAAAAUUCUUCCAGUUCAUCAGGGAUGACAUCAACAGCAUUACGAGAGGAGAGCAAACCUGUUAAUAGUGGACCUGACAAGAAACCAUUUCCUACACCAAUGGUAAUAAAAUGCCAGUCUGUGAACACAAACAAUGCCGCAAAACCCUCCGAGCCUGUUAACACAGGCGAGAAUGUUGGUGAAACGGUGAGAUUAUCACCAAAUCUCUCAGAGUGGGCUGCUAAAAGUGAAACCUUGCGCGCUGCACCCAGAGUGCCGUGCGCUAAGCAACCUGUGACUGAACAACCAGAGUGUAGCUUAAAAAUUGAUGCUAAAGCGGCAAAACUAAAAACAGAAAAAGCAGCAGAAGGCAGCGAGAAGAAACCCGAGUCAAAGGUUUCGAAUCAAAUAGCUCUUGAAAAGUUAAAGGCAGCUGUGAAAACUAUGGAGCAACUGUACUUUUUUGAUAGGAACGAAUGGAAGCGCAAAACGCAAGCUCCGCAACCAAUCAUGGACAGUCACGUGCUGUCGCUCAUCACACGAGAGGAGCAAGGAGUCCCGAUCAAAACGGACUUUCAGAACGAAUAUGGGAAAGCGGACACUAGCUCGCAGCUGCACGUUGAAAAGGCGACCGCAACCUUGAGUUCUGGUGUUGACGAGGAUAAAGUGUGUAUGCCAACAGGUUCUCACGGCCAGGAAGACACGGCUAAGUUAGUAACCCAAAGGGCAGAUUCUUUCAAUGACAAGUGCAUUUUUAGUCUGGGCAGUAACCUCAAAGCACCUUUACGUAUAAAUACAACAAAUGACAGCACUCAGCAAAUGUUUUCGAGCAGAAACUACACCCUCCCCACACAAUCUCAUAAUGCUCCUUUGUCGCUGAAAAUCAGUCCUUCUAAAUCGAAAAGUGAGAAAAAGCACCAGAAAGAGCACCAGCAGACAGAUUCUGACAAUUACCUAACAAUCCCUGUCAAAGCUCAGGCUUCCGAUUCGAAUCCCUCACAAGCAUCGCACCCAAAGCCUUCCCAUCAGCCCUUGCAACGCUCACCUAUCGUAAUGGAGUCUUGGUCUCCUGAUAGUCAGACGGCCACGAUAUUUCACCACGCUGUGCACCUACCGGCCGUACCUGCUGCUCAACCCCAGCUCCUCUAUCUUAACCCCCCAGCGGACCUCCCACCGCCUCACAUCCAGCGCAAGCUCCUGCUGGACCCCUCCACAGGCCAGUACUAUUUAGUGGACACCCCUGUGCCCAUGCAGCCAGCCGCCCAGCGCUUUUACCAUCCUGAGAGUGGUCAGUACUUGGACAUUCCUUUAUCACUCACCCCAGUGCCUGUGUCUGUUUCGCCGGUCGCCCUCGGUCCUGCGGCAGCCUAUCCCCCCACCUACUUGGUCUACCCCUCGACCCUGCUGCCACCCCAUCCGCACCCGGUCCCCCAGUCCUACUCUUCCACCUGCUCGGAGGGAGAAGACACGGUCGAGACGGGCGGCAUGUAUCUGAUCCCGCAGGGCACCGCAGUUCCCAGCAGCACCACCAAACCUGUCAUCAGUAUUACAUCCCAGCAAGGUGCUCGUAUUGUUGCUCCUCCAUCCUUUGACGGCACAACCAUGAGCUUUGUGGUGGAGCAUCGAUAACGGAAGUCCACAGGGCCAAAAAUAUGCACAGUUAAAGAAACACCCAAAUAAGAUGGUCUGUGUCUGUCUGUCGGAGUCAGUCCUCCUCCCACUUCAUAAAAAAAAAAAUUCCUCUGACAUGUUUCAGUUUCCCACAUCUGUCUUCAUCAAUUCCUACCCGGUGUUGCCUCCUGAUCUGUGACUUUUGCAAUGUUGAAAAGCUAAAGAUGAAACAUUUUAAAGCAGCUUUACAAACUUUGUGCAACAUUUGCUAUUUAUGUACUGUAGUGUGUAGACUUUUUGAGGCAACUAUCUUUUUGUCUAUCCAGCACUGCAUAGUUAAUGGAAAAUGUUUUUUGUUCAAGUUUUCAUUUUGUUGUAUAAAGUGUUUGUAUUUUUACAUUUUUAUGGACUCCUUUGUAUCUACCUGUAGGUAGCAAGUUCUGACUGAGUAAAGCAUGGCUUGUGUGAAAGAGAGAGAAACAGAGAUCGAGAAAGAGAAGCAUUUUGUGGUGCCCAUGUUGUGUGUGUGAGAGAGACAGAGUAAAUGUGCGUCUGUUUCCUCUCACUGUGAUGAGAAUUGUUAUUAUAGUGAUGGACGGAUCAUUGGGGAGUUCAGUAUAGUGUCAGUGUAAUAAUAAUAAUAAUGCUUGAACUGAAAAUACUUGUACAUUUAAAAAUUGUCUCAAUCUUUAUGUUGCCAAUUACCUCAGUUUGCAGUGCAGGCAUGUUGCUAUCUCAUUUUGCCUCCACAGUAUAAUACUCCUUAUACUUUUGUUCUGUUUUACCCCUUCAUUUCCAUCAUCUGUCCUCCCUGUUCAUUUUUUUUGUCUUUUUUGUUACAUUGAUCAUAUAUUAAAGGUAUAUGGAUCUGCAGGCCAA